AUGCUAAUAUGUAACUUUUAUGGUCAAUGUGAAAUCAGUAUGAAAAAUCGUCAUGCAUGUCCAGCAUGCCGACUUGCCAAAUGUUUCAAAUGGGGAAUGACUACUGACAAAUUUCGUCCAUCAAGACAGAUUAAACCCAAAACUAUUAUUUCACUUCGAUUACAAGCACGAUGUCAACCAGAGAGGUUGCCAACAUUAACUCUUUUACAAUCGGAUAAAUCAAUAUUGACCAAUGAUGAAUGGGUAUUUUUUACAAAUUUAUUCAAUUAUUUUAAAGAAUGUCCAGUAUUUUCUAUUGCACAGCAGUUGAUACGUAUGCCCGAUGGUUUCCAGUCAUCUUACAGGAUCUAUUCUGAAAAUAAUUCUCUUUAUUAUUCGAAUAUGUCGAAGGAUCUAACAAAUCCUAUCCAUAUUCUCGAAAUUCAAAAUAAAUAUGCCGAAGUAGCAUGGAAAUAUCUUCUCUAUAGAUAUUGUUAUCGUGAAUCAGUGAAGAGAUUUCUUAAUCUCAUUAUUUGGCUUACGUCAAUUAAUAUUUUAUUGGCUCAUGCUCGAACACUGGUAUUACAUGUAAAUGAUAUUGAUUGUGUUAUCGAACAAACUGAACUAACAUUUAUAUUAGACGAUGUAGAUGAAAUAGUCGAAAGAAAUGAGUAA